CUCCCCGCAAGCCGGUGCUGCUCCUUCUGCAGCGCGCAUCCUCGGGAUUCGGGGUGUGGCGCAGAGGACAGCGCCGCAAAGGCGCGGCUGCGGGAGAAAUCCGUGCAGCUGCGCCCGGGGGUGUCCCUGCCCUGUGACAGGCGGACUGCGAUCUCCACUGCGGAGAAUCUGCCGAAACAGCUGCGGUACAGGGAGGCCCGAGUGCGGCCUGGGCCCAGGAUGGCCAGAGAGUCGGGGGAGAGCGCGGCCCUGGACGCCCGGGCGGCCGAGCACACGGGGGCGGGGAUCCCGGCCGUAAGGGCGGAGGACGAGGAGGCCCCGGGCUCCGAGCGCUCGCGCCAGCGCUUCCGAGGCUUCCGCUACCCCGAGGCCGGGGGUCCCCGCCGCGCGCUGCGCCGGCUUCGCGAGCUCUGCAGGCUGUGGCUGCGGCCCGAGACUCACAGCAAAGAGCAGAUGCUGGAGCUGCUGGUGCUCGAGCAGUUCCUGCGCAUCCUGCCCGCGGGGCUGCGCGCCCGGGUGCGGGAGCGGCGCCCACAGAGCGGCGAGGAGGCCGUGGCGAUGCUGGAGGACCUGCAGGAGCCGCUGGCGGAGCCGGAGCCACAGGGGCUGCUGCAAAUGGAAGAUGUGGCUCUGACAGUCUCCCCGGCGUGGGCAGAGCUGGAGUCACUGCAAGCCAACGUGCGCAGAGAUGACAGGCAGGAGGCCUGUAGCGCUCUGACCUCCCUGGGUGGUGAAAUACAGACAAAGACCAGAGACUUGCCCCUAACUGAGGAGCAGAUGGAACAGGGGCCAGGGCAGAUGCGGUGCCACCUGGGUGAAGCCAUUGCCCAGACACCCCCACAUGCAGAGGCCAGUGAACAGGAGGACAAGUCACUGAGAAAGCAGAAAAACAGCAGUGGGAGCAGGCGGCACAUUUGCCACGAGUGUGGAAAGAGCUUUGCCCAGAGUUCAGGCCUGACCAAGCACCGGAGAAUCCACACCGGGGAGAAACCGUACGCGUGUGAGGAAUGCGGCAAGUCCUUCAUCGGCAGCUCGGCCCUCGUCAUUCACCAGAGGGUCCACACCGGGGAGAAACCGUAUGCGUGUGAGCAAUGCGGCAAGGUCUUCAGUCACAGCUCAAACCUUAUCAAGCACCAAAGAACACACACUGGGGAGAAGCCCUAUGAGUGUCAGGGCUGCGGGAAGACCUUCAGCCAGAGCUGCAGCCUCCUUGAGCAUCACAGAAUCCACACCGGGGAGAAGCCGUACCAGUGCGGCAUGUGUGGCAAAGCCUUUAGGCGGAAUUCCCAUCUCCUGAGACAUCAGAGGGUCCACGGCGAUGGGAAUACCCAGGAUCCUGAGCAGAGAGAGGUUUGGGAGCAUCCUAGGAAGAUGGUGAGCCAGGAGGGGGAUGUCCAGGCUCCCGUGUCUUAUAAAUGUUGUGAGUGCGAGAGAAGUUUCACUAGGAACAGAAGCCUUAUUGAGCACCAGAAAAUCCACACUGGUGAGAAACCCCACGAGUGUGAUGCAUGUGGAAAAGGCUUCACCCGAACUUCAUACCUUGUUCAACAUCAGAGAAGUCACAUUGCAAAGAAACUUGUGUCCCGGUGA